AUGACAGGAACCUCGGAAGGUGCUACCGUAGGGUUUGUGGAGAGUAGUGCACGGUGGGAUUUUGGUAUGACGGGCGUGUUGCGUGUUCGAAAUUUCCCAUUCGUUCUUGGGUUUCUUCGUGAUAGUUUGUUCAGUUGUCCCGCAAUACGAUCAGCAGUAGCGGCCACAUGUAGUCGGACAUUGUUUGUGCGGCCUGCAGAUAAUUUUCUGAUAGCUGUUGCUCGCAGAUACAAGUCUGAUGGUGUUAAGGGAGCAGUUAUUGGUAUUGAUCUUGGGACAACAAAUUCAUGUGUUGCAGUUAUGGAAGGGAAACAGGCUAAAGUUAUUGAAAAUGCAGAAGGUGUGAGGACGACGCCAUCAGUGGUUGCGUUUACCAAAGAUGGAGAAAGAUUAGUUGGCGCACCAGCAAAACGACAAGCCGUGACAAAUUCACAAAAUACACUCUACGCUACUAAGCGAUUAAUUGGACGACGUUUUGAUGAUCCAGAAGUGCAAAAAGAUGUGAAAGUGGUUCCAUUUAAAAUUAUUCGCGCAUCUAAUGGUGAUGCUUGGGUCGAAGCACAAGGCAAAAUGUAUUCACCAUCCCAGGUCGGUGCAUAUGUUUUGAUGAAAAUGAAGGAAACAGCAGAAAGUUAUUUGGGUACAUCUGUUCACAAUGCUGUUGUUACAGUUCCGGCAUAUUUUAAUGAUUCUCAGAGACAGGCAACGAAAGAUGCUGGUAAAAUUGCUGGUUUGAAUGUAUUGCGUGUCAUCAAUGAGCCCACUGCGGCAGCUUUGUCUUAUGGACUUGAUAAAGCGGAAGAUAAAGUCAUCGCAGUAUAUGAUUUGGGUGGAGGUACUUUCGAUAUAUCGGUCCUUGAAAUCCAAAAAGGGGUUUUCGAAGUGAAGUCUACUAAUGGUGAUACAUUCCUUGGUGGUGAAGAUUUUGAUAAUGCAUUGGAUCCUAUGGCUAUGCAACGUUUGCGAGAAGCUGCCGAAAAAGCGAAAUGCGAAUUGUCAUCGACAACGCAAACCGAUAUAAAUUUACCAUAUUUGACAAUGGAUGCUUCCGGCCCGAAACACAUGAAUUUGAAAUUAACACGUGCAAAGUUUGAACAACUUGUGGCUGAUCUUAUAAAGCGAACAAUCGAGCCAUGUCGUAAAGCUAUGCAUGACGCAGAGGUUAAACCAUCCGAUAUUGGAGAAAUUUUACUUGUUGGUGGAAUGACCAGGAUGCCAAAAGUUCAACAAACAGUACAAGAAGUGUUUGGUAAGCAACCGUCAAAAGCAGUAAACCCUGAUGAAGCAGUCGCGAUUGGAGCGGCGAUCCAAGGUGCGGUGUUAGCGGGCGAUGUGACAGAUGUUCUUCUACUUGAUGUUACACCACUCUCAUUGGGUAUCGAAACACUAGGUGGAGUAAUGACCAAGCUUAUUCAGCGCAAUACAACCAUCCCUACGAAGAAAAGCCAAGUAUUCUCUACUGCAGCAGAUGGGCAAACACAAGUAGAAAUCAAAGUUUACCAAGGGGAACGUGACAUGGCAGCCAAUAAUAAACUUUUAGGACAGUUUUCACUGGUUGGAAUACCACCAGCUCCACGUGGUGUGCCACAAAUCGAAGUCACUUUUGAUAUAGAUGCAAAUGGUAUUGUUAAUGUGUCAGCAAGAGAUCGAGGAACGGGGAAGGAACAGCAAAUUGUGAUUCGCUCCUCUGGUGGGUUAUCAAAGGAUCAGAUUGAAAAUAUGAUUCGUGAAGCAGAAAAGAAUGCUGCCGCGGAUGCUGAAAGAAAAGAGAAGGUUGAAGUUUGUAAUCAGGCAGAAAGUGUUAUUCAAGAUACCGAUUCUAAGUUAACUGAGUUCAAAGAUCAAGUGGAUGCGAAAGAGGCUGAAAAAAUUCGUAAUAAACUUAAUGAACUGAAGCAACUGUUGGCAAAUAAGGAUAACGAAACGACAGCCAAUAUACGUGAGGCAAUCGGUUCGCUGCAACAACAGUCACUAAAAUUGUUUGAGGCCGUCUACAAGAAAAUGGCAGCAGAAAAUACCCAAUCUUCCAGCGGCAAGUUUUUGAGUUUUGUUAUUUAA